UCUGGAGAGAGGGGGUCUAUUGUCCAGAGUUGUAGAUGGUGAACUGAUGCCUGAUACGAAACUGCAAAAACUCAAACAAAAGUACGAACAUUACAAUCCAAUGAGUCAAAAUCAAUAUAACAAACUACUAAUUACUAUUUACUAAAGACUAGCUGACUAAGGAAAUCGGAUUAGUGAUUACCUCGAGUAUCAGAGCAUGUAGUCGCAGGUGUAGAUGAAGAUGAAACUGAAGGGCCCUAGAAAGAACCAAUCGAGUUAAUUUAUACGAACCUAAAACUAAAGCAAGAAACUGAAACAAGAAAUAAGAAUUGAAUUGAAUUGGAAGGUACUUAUCUCGAAUUCUGGAUUAUCAGAACAAUAAGCGACGACAAAUCCUCCCAAUAACCUCGAAUCGGAGAUUGGAACAAUCAUCUUCUCCUUUUGCAUGUUGUUCUUUGCCUAAAUCGAUGAGGAUAUUAGGCUUUGAUUGUUGAAUGAAGAGGAUAAUGAAUGAUUCACAGCCUAGAUGGAGAGAAUUUCGCGGGGUAUCGAAUCGAUGGAUUGAGCGGCGAUUGAGAGAAGAGAAACUGAGAGAGCGGCGAGUUUCCAAUUAGGGAUUAGGGUUUACCUCCAACUCGACUGAUGGAUAUAUAUGUAUAUAUAUAUGGGAAUAAUACGACGUCGUUUUAUGGAUCGGGGCGGGCUCGGGGCGGAUAGCAUGGACUCCGUCACCGCCCGACAUCCUUUACCCACGGAUAACGGAUUUCCCCGAAUCCGUCAAUUCCCCGUCAACGCCGGGUAGGAACUGCUCCGUCCAGUCGGAUUUCGGAAGGAUACCCGCCCGCACGGUCUAAAAUGCCAUUCCUAAUUGACAAUAAAAAACACAAAUACAAUUUUUUUUACAAUGCUUUAUACCAAUUCUUAACCAAGAUUAUCAAACUUUGCGCUGCGAAUUUUGUGGAGUUACUGACCAGCCUUCGGGCACAGUUGGACCAAUUCCAAUUCUCGGUGUCGGUGGAAGAGAGAGAGAAGAGAGCAGAGAAAAAAACGGUUUAAUGUUUAUUGCUUGCGGCCGCUGCUGAUCCAUUUCCUCAAAUUUCUCGCUCCCCUUAUUUAUUUCCCUUCCACCACCAAAUAUGAAUGAAUGAGAACCCAGCCACCAUCUUUGCUCUCCCUCGCCAUUGACGCUUCUGUCCUUCACCUCUCUCACUUCCCCGAUCUCUCCCCUCUCCCUGAUCACAUUCUGCUCGAUCUCUUCCUGGUACUCCCCCCUUCUUCUCCUUCUUCCAACUUUUCCUGCACUUACCUAUUUGAUAUGUUGAUUUUGGCAUAUUUGGUUUUCGUUUCUGGAGCUUGUUUGGUGAUCCAAGUCUGAAUCUCAAUUGCUUUCAUCUGUUCCUUCCUUUAGAUUUCUGCCUUAGGGUUUGUAUGGAGUCCGCAGAUUGAUAGUGUCGACGAGACUGCCAGUCGGUAGAAGGUAGUAGUCUGUAGUUUAGAACUAUGGGAUCUAGAUCAGUAAAAACCUAGAGAUUGGACAUUUUCCCCAUUUCGAUUAUUGCAAUAUCUUAUGAUGUAGGCUUUUAUUGAUGAUCCAUCAAAACUGGGUACGAUGCUGUGACAAAUUAGUGGGUGUUUUUAUCUUCUCUCUCUUGAUUGGAUUGCUGUAUAUCUUGAAAUGUAUUGUGAAUGCUGGACAUUACUGAUUCUCGAUUUGCUUUAGGCUUUAUUGUAUGUGCAUAGCUCUUUCUUAAGACGAUCUAUUGCUUCGGAUUUAGACUAGUUUAGUUGAAUCAAGCAGAUCUGUAGCAGCUGCCCUGGAGUUAGGAUACAUGGCCGGCUCGUAGUACUUAAAACAUUACCUGAAAAUCAACCUCAAUGCUUCUGAUGCUUAGUUCUUGUCUUCUUGAUUCCAAGAAUUGUGAUGGUUUUAGUUAGAAAAGCUUAGAUUGAUUCUUAAUGUCAUUUUUGGUGACACCGGUUUUUGUUUUGUUUUAAGAAGAAAACCUUGAGAGCUGGGAAGCUGAAUGAGAAAAUUCUGAAGCUUUUCUUGGCAACAGGCAAAGAAGAAGUCCUAUCUCUUAUUCAGACUCUUAAUAUAAAACACAUCCUGAAUCCCGUCCUUCCCACCAGUGAGUAAUUUUUUUUUUCUCUCUGUUUCCUGAGAGGUGUAACUUGAUGAACCUUGAACAAGUUUUCUGAUAUAUUUGUUUUCCUGAUAGGAUGCUCAGAGAAAUUCUGAGACGAAUGUGCUAGGUUGCAUAUUGAUUAAGUUAUUUCUAGGAGGGGGUUAAAGGGGAAGGAAAAGAUUUAAUUGUUCCUAGAGUCUCCCAAGAUGUCUGCAGUCAACAACAUUGAAGAUAGUGAGAUUGACAUUGUGAUUGGAGCACUGCACUCCGACCUCAGGCCAUUUAUGAGUGCAUGGAAGUCGAUAUUUUCUCGUUAUCACUUGAUUAUUGUCAAAGACCCUGAUCUCAAGGAUGAUUUACAAAUACCAGAAGGUCUUCCGUUCAAGGUUGACAUCUACACAAAAUCUCACAUAGACAAAGUAGUGGGCAGUUCCACCUCCAUUGCUUUCUCGGGUUAUUCAUGCAAGUAUUUCGGCUUCCUUGUCUCUCGUAAGAAAUACAUUGUCUCGAUUGAUGAUGACUGCACGCCGGCCAAAGACUCCGACGGUUUUCUCGUAGAUCCAGUGGCUCAGCAUGUGAGAAACCUUGCAACUCCAGCAACACCUUUCUUCUUCAAUACCCUUUAUGACCCAUAUCGUAAUGGGGCAGAUUUCGUUCGUGGGUAUCCAUUCAGCUUAAGAAGUGGGGUAACAUGUGCUUUGUCAUGUGGGCUCUGGCUUAACUUGGCAGACUUGGAUGCACCAACACAAGCCCUGAAGACGGAAAAGAGGAACUCCCGUUAUGUUGAUGCAGUGAUGACCGUUCCAGCCAGAGCAAUGAUGCCAAUCAGUGGGAUCAACAUUGCUUUUGACCGUGAGGCUGUAGGGCCUGCUCUAUGCCCAGCACUGAGGUUGGCUGGGGAAGGGAAGCUGAGAUGGGAAACAAUGGAGGACAUAUGGAGUGGAAUGUGUGUGAAGGUGGCAUGCGACCACCUUGGUCUUGGAGUGAAGAGUGGGCUUCCUUAUGUGUGGAGGAAUGAUAGAGGUAGUGCCAUCGAGAGCCUGAAGAAGGAGUGGGAAGGUGUGAAGCUAAUGGAGGAAGUUGUUCCUUUCUUCCAAUCAAUGGUGUUGUCAAGAACUGCAACCAAGGUCGAGGAUUGUGUGGCUGAGAUGGCAAAAAGGGUGAAAGAACAGUUGGGAGGUUCUGAUCCAGGGUUUGGUCGUGCAGCCGAAGCUAUGAUGGAUUGGGUUGAGCUGUGGAAGAAGUUUGGUUCUGGUCCUUCCCCAGUGUAAGAGAUGGUAAGAAAGCUGAUAGUUUCAUUAUUUCAGCCUUUCCAGUCAGUCUACAUGGAACUAGAGAAGCUUAACUAGGACGGUAAAGUAGUUAUGGUUUCCUGAGGUGGGUUGUUCAAACUCAAAGUAGCAGAGAAGUUACACUUGUUGCUGGUUGACGAGGUCUGGAAGCGCAGGGCAGUUUGUUUAGAUGCAGUUCCACCCUUUGCUCCUGAUGUUGGUCACUAAACUAUACGCUUUUUACUUUUUAGUGUCUUAAAUGAUUUGUCUGUGAGCCUUUCAGUUUGUCAAAUUUACUGUGUCAUUGCUAAUGGGCAGUAUUCAGUGUGUUCCUGUUCUAUCCACAUUUUUCAUUUGGAUAGCAAUAAGAAACUUGUCAAAACAAUUUGUUCUGUGUAGUUAUGUACGUGAAAUGGGAAGGCUACGAGCGCAAGGAAUUGCUGAAAACAGCAAAUGUUGUUGUUGCCAGCAACAGCCUUGACCUCUUCAUAGCAAGGCUGUAACCCAACUGAAGUUAGUUGGACUACAUUAACAAUGGAGUAGUUCAAUUUUAUUGAAAAAGUCCAAAUUCAAUACAUUAUGGUCAAAUCAGAUUUGGUAAUAUCAUUUUGGGCACACUUAUAAUGGAUACCUACAAGAAAAUGAAUAUUCUAUUUUAAUACGACUUUUGUUUUCCUUUGUUCUGAAACAAAGGAAUUGGGCUCAUUCCAAAAUCAAUCUAAACCCAACACCAUUAAAAAUGCAUAUGGAUUCAUUUGGCUCCAAUCUAGUACCCAUAUGGGAGAUAACAUUUGGGAAAUUAUUGUGUAAAGUAUACAUGUUUUUAUAUAGCUUUCAAGCCUUCUUGCUUGGUCAUUUCGAAAUCAUUUUAUGUUUUUGUCGGUUUUACGCUUGGUUUGUAGUUUUACUGUAUUUUAGGUAAUGACAAGUGAUGUCGAUGAUAUUUGGACGAGAAAUACACAAAGUACGAAAGUUUUUGAGCCUUAGAGCAUUUGGAAUGCUCUUGGAGGGUUUUACCGAGGUUCCCACGGCUAGCCUCACAUCCGUGGGUUGGACCGUGAAAAUUAGCUUGAAAUUCCCAUCAUUCGCCAAAGAAGAAGAUCAAUGUCGAGCAAUUCACGGCCAGUGUCAUGGUCGUGACUCGAGCCUUGAACACCUCACAUGCCAUGAAUAGUAACUAAAGCUCCACCAAGCGACGUUGGACCAUUUAGGCUAUCGGGCAAGGAUGUGAGUCAAGGGUGGCCUCAUGAUCGUGAUUAGGGAUGCGAUUUCGACCUGACCCGAUUUACCCGACCUGUUUGGCCUGUUUUGGGGUGGGUCAGACCCGCCCCGUAGGUGGGGUAGGGCGGGCAUGGGUACCUCUCAUCGACCCGACCUGCCCUGACCCGACCCAUUCUCGACCCGUUCUUACCUAAAUUACAUAUAAUCUUAGUCAAAUUACUUAUGAUUUUCCUCUUAUUAUAUUAUAUUUUAGCUAUAAUAAAGUUGUAAAUAAGUG